CACAAUUAAUGGAUGGAAAUACUGAGGAUUGUGCACGAAAAAUAUAUUAAAAAUUAACAAAUAAAAAAGUGUAUUUAUUAUGUUUGUUGGGGAAGAUCUGCCAGACACUUAAAUGCUUGUGUUGAAAGAAAACUAGUGAACUGGGUGUUGGAGGAAAAGUAGGUCGAGACUUGGGGGGAAUAUCAGCAACCACAGAUUCAAGGUAUUUGCAGUUCCCGAUCACUGAGUACAGUUGAAAACCAGAAACUUUCUUUCUUAUUCAAUCACCCAGGCCAAGAAGGAAACGCAGGAAUGGAGAAUCCCUCACGCAGUGCUCUUCUGACUUGUCUCAAGGCUAUAUAUGGUAUUAGUGGUGACUCGGCUACCAUAAAGACGCUCUUCUACAACUCGUCCUCUCCAUUAACAGCUAAACUUUUGAGUGAUAAGACUGUUCUCCGUGCCGUAAUUGCUGCUGGUCAGACAGAGAUUGUCGAGUUUUUGGUGAAAUUCAUGUCGGAAGAAGAUCUUCUAGUAACUGAUAGCAUGGGCAAUACAGCCAUGAGCAACGCUGCUGUUCAUGGAGAUACCAAGAUCGCACAAUGCUUGUUCAAGAGGAACAACAACUUGGUUACGAUUUUAAACAAAGAGGGAAAAAGUCCAGUUCAGCUGGCAUGUAACGGAAACCACAUUGAUACAACUCACUAUCUAUACUCUGUCACUCCAAUUGACUUCCUGCGCCAGGACAAUGGAAUUUAUGGAUCUGAGUUGCUCUCUAAUUGUAUUCGCCACAAAAUGUUUGAUAUUGCUUUCGAUAUGAUCCGAUAUAGUCCGAACUUGGCGAUCACUGAAGAUGGUAGCGGUGGAAUUCCCAUUAUGGCGUUGUGUAAUGUUCCUUCCUUAUUUCUUAGUGGAACUAAGCUUUCAUUUUGGGAAAGAUGGAUAUAUUCUUGUUUAAAGGUAAAGCAAUCCGCAGCCUCAAGUGAUGAUGAUUUCAGUUAUACUUCUGGACGAGCGAAGAACAACAGUAAAAACAUCAUCACCGAAGGAAUCCAGAGAAUAUAUGAUUUAAAGAGCAUCCAUGCCAAUGCCCUUGCAUUUUUACGCAGGGUAUGUGAAUAUACAGCUACGAUUGAUGGUCAACAACUCAUUCAAGUUGGAGUGCAUCACGCAGUCUUUAAGGCUCCCAGGCGGGGGAUAACAGAACCCAUAGUUGAGAUAUUUAAAACAAAUCCAGAUUUAAUAUUGCUCAGCGAUGAUAAGGGAAGAGACUUCUUCAAGAUUGCGACCAUAUAUCGUCAAGAAAAAGUUUUUGGGCUCAUCUAUGGGUUUGAUAGCAGCAAGAAGACUUCCUUUGCUUUGGCGGACUCUGAGGGCAACAGUUUAUUACAUUUGGCAGCAACUUUGGGUACUGAAUCUAAAGCUAAGCUUACUCCAAUAUCAGGUGCAGCUCUUCAGAUGCAAAGAGAAUUACAGUGGUUUAAGGAGAUGGAGAAUAUUUUGCCACAGGUGCAUGCGCGAUAUAAAAAUAAUGAAGGUUAUACUGCAAGGCAAUUGUUUGAUGGAACCCAUAAGGAGUUGGCAAAACAAGGGGAGGAAUGGAUGAAGAAAGUAGCAAGUUCAUCAACAGUUGUGGGUACUCUGAUCAUGACCAUUAUGUUUGCUGCAGCGUUUACUGUUCCCGGUGGUAACGAUCAAAACAGUGGUUUCCCCAUAUACUUGACCAGCGGGCGUGCUCAGUAUUACAAAGAUGCAUUUAUGAUUUUCAUAGUAUCAGAUGCCAUUUCUCUUUUCACUUCUUCGACUUCAGUGUUGAUGUUCCUCGGCAUUCUCACCUCACGUUAUGCAAUGGAAGAUUUCCUUAUCUCUUUACCAAAAAAGUUGAUCAUUGGCCUUUCCACACUCUUCAUUUCUAUAGCGACGAUGAUGGCAGCCUUUUGUGCUACCCUUUUUAUCAUGCUACAAGGGCGAGUGUGGAUAAUCAUUCCAAUCAUUUUACUUGCUACCAUUCCUAUCACUCGCUUCGUCUGGUUGCAGUUUCCUCUGCUUGUCAAAAUAUUUAUUUCAACGUAUGGAGCAGGAAUCUUUGAUAAGAAAAUAAAGCUCUGGACCUAGUUGAACUAAUGGUUUUUUUAAGUUGUUAGGACUGUUGACAUCAAGCUUUCGUUCUAGCUAAAUCUAGAUGGGCUUUUACUUAUGACAUUUUGCAAGAUGUGUGGUUUGCAAAUAAUGUACAUUAUUUUUUAAGUGUACAUCUUUGUUCCUUAAUUUACAGAUAUUUACUAAUUAAU